AUGGAGGCUAUUCCGAUUAAAGAUCGGACAACGUUGAGAGAUCUGGCCGAUAAAUUGUUCAUGACGAAGACCACUGUUUGGAAGAGACUGAAAGAGGGUGAAUUUCGGCGCCACUCUAGCGACAUGAAGCCCACACUUACGGAAGACAACUUGAAGGCACGUGUGGCUUACGCAUUGAGUAACUUGGAGCCAGCUAGUUUGCCACAUGAUCCAACAUUCAAACCAGCGUUCAAUGUAGUGCACAUCGAUGAGAAGUGGUACUAUCGUACGAAGACUAGACUGAAAUGCUACUUGGGACCUAAUGAACCCAUUCCCAUUCGGCAUUGCAAGAACAAGGGAUGGAUAGAGAAGUUCAUGUUUCUCACUGCUGUCUCAAGACCUAGAUUCAACAGUGCGGGUGAAAUGAUUUUUGAUGGAAAGGUUGGCGUUUGGCCUUUUGUUGAGUUAGUUCCUGCUCAGAGAAGUAGCAAGAGAAGGGGGAAAGGUACACUCGAGAUCAAGUCAUGCCCAGUGGAUCAGUCUAAAAGCCGCGAGUUCCUUAUAACUAAAGUAAUUCCGGCUAUCAAGGAGAAGUGGCCGCAAGAAGAUCGUCAUGGCACCAUUUUUAUCCAGCAAGAUAAUGCGAAGACGCAUGUUCGGAUCGAUGACCAAGAGGUCAAUGAGGCUGCAACAUCAGGUGGCUGGGACAUUAGGAUAGUUUUUCAGCCAACGAAUUCACCGGAUACAAAUGUUCUUGAUCUUGGCUAUUUUGCAGCUAUUCAAGCAUUGUUCCAAAAGAAGAUGCCGACUACUGUAGAUGAAAUGAUUUCCAAAGUCGAGGAAGCAUUCGCUGAGUAUCCUGCCGAACGCUCAAACAGAAUAUUUCUUACUCAUCAAUCAUGCAUGCGAGAGAUCAUACGACAGAAAGGAACAAUACACUACAGCGUGCCUCAUUUGAAGAAAAAGGCAAUGCAACGUAGAGGUGCACUCCCAGUAGUAUAUUCAUGUGAGCGUGAGUUUGUUGAUGCUGCCAUAGCAUAUCUUCGCACGGGUGCGUGA